AUGAAGCCUCAAAGUCUGCAGAGCUUCACGGCUCAGCUUGGAAGGCUAUCGUUAGCCUCCAACCCAGUUCGGGCUCUUGGUCCCAUCCUCGCCCAAGCCUCAGCCUUCUCCACACCUUCGAACCGCACCUCGCCUCAGUCCCGUCGCCCGUUUUCUAGCACAGCCGUCAAUUCAGGCAAUUGGCUUCUACCUUCCUUACCAGAAAAAAAGAGAUCACGGAAGGGUAGACCUCGUGUGCCAACAGGAGGAUCAGCCAGGGGUACAACUUUAGUAUGGGGUGAAUAUGGUUUACGAAUGUCCGAUCAUCAUCGCCGUGUUAGUGCGCAGCAAUUGAAGAUUGGAGAAGAUGCCAUUAAGGUCAGACUAAAGGGCAUGAAAUAUCGAUUGUACAAGAGAGUUGCUGCCCAAAUUGGUGUAUAUAGCAGUGGUAAUGAGGUGCGUCAAGGUAAAGGAAAGGGUUCCUUUGAUCAUUGGGCUUCGAGAAUUGCUGUAAGCAAGAUCAUAUUCGAGUUGAAGGGAGAUGUGCACGAACAGGUAGCGAGAGAUGCAUUUCGAUUAGCAGGCAACAAAAUGCCAGGUCAGUAUGAAUUUGUCAAAUUGGGAGAUCCUCCGGUCGUUGGAAUCACAAAAUUGGAUGGAAUUACAAUGGCGGAAUUAAAGAGGCCAAGAAGGAAGAUACCAUUAGGCUCGAUACCUAUUGCUUCUACUGCAGAAACUACACCUACUGUGUCUACGUCGACCUUACCUGAUGCAUAG